AUGUUCUAUGGGACGCACUUCAUCAUGUCUCCGCCCACCAAGAGCAAGCUGAAGCGGCAGAGCCAGCUGCUGUCCGGUAUGCUGUCACGGACGCUCAGCUACAAGCACCGCGACCUGGGGUCCCCCCUCUCCGGCCCGGGCGCCAUCGACGACCCUGCCGAGCUAUCUACCCAGCUCUCCGCCCCAGGCGUCCUGAAGGUGUUUGGGGACAGCGUCUGCACAGGCACCCACUACAAGAGCGUCUUGGCCACGGCCUCCUCCAGCGCCCGGGAGCUGGUGAAGGCAGCGUUGGAGCGCUACGCCUUGAAGCCCGAGUGUGCCAGCCAGUAUGUGCUCUGUGACGCGGUGGGGCGGGCUGGCGGUGCUGGACAUCGCUGGCAGGCCGAGUGCUUCCGUGUGUUUGGGGACAACGAGAAGCCCCUCCUGAUCCAGGAGCUCUGGAAACCCCGGGAAGGCCUAUCCCGGAGGUUUGAGCUGCGGAAGAGGUCAGACGUGGAAGAGCUGGCCUCCAGGGACGUGGACACCAUGACAGCAGGGAUCAACGCCCAGGCACGCAGGCUGCAGAGGACCCGAGCCAAGGGCACGGCCACAGGCGCCCAGCGGCCCUCGCCACCCCGCCUGCGCCGCAGCAUCAGUGAAACCAGUCUGAGUGCGGCCGCCUCGCCUGCAGACACCGGCUGGCCAUACUACGCCACCCUGCCGGCUGCCUCAGGCCCUGAGGAGCCUCCGGACGUGGUGGGACCUGCUAACGAGGGGGCCAUGCGCCACUCACUCUACCAGUCGCCACAUUUGCUCCUCCUUCAGGGCUACAGCCAGCAGCAUGACAGCCUGGUGUACGUGCUGAACCGGGACCUGCACACGGUGGGGCAGCGCACGCCCGCCAGCAGGCCCAGCAUCAGCCUGGUGGCCCCUGACAUCCUGCCCUUGCACUGCACCAUCCGCCGGCGCCAGGGCCCAGGCCGCCCGGCGAGGCACACGCUGGUGCUGGAGCCCAUCGCGGGCGCGCCCGUGGCUGUGAACUUCACCGAGGCCGGGAGCCGCCCCGUGGAGCUGCACCACGGGGACCUGCUCUCCCUUGGCCUCUACUACCUGCUGCUGUUCAAGGACCCGCUGCAGGCCCAGCCGCUGCCUGCCCAGGCCCUGGCCCGCCUCGAGGCCGCGCCCCGGAGCUGCCGUCUGUGCGGGGCUGCGCUCGGGCCCCGAGGAAGCAGCACCUGCCCCCGGAGGCCUGGCCUCGAGCCUGCCCGGCGGCGGCUGCACUUGGCCUUUGAGCCCUGGCAGGAGGAGGCCCUGCUGCAGCGGAUCCUGGCGCUGGUGGAGCCCUCGGGUGAUGACCACAAGCUGGCGCCCGCCUUCCUGCUGGGCCUCUGCGUCCAGCAUGCCGCCACCCACUUCGGGCCCGGCGCCUUCAGCCAGUUCCUGCUGAAGAUGGCCGGGGCCAUCCGGGACACGGUCUGGGAGAAAACCAAGGAACUUGCAGAGAAGCAGGCGCAACUCCAGGAGCCGGCCUCCCUGCGCAGCCUGGCCUUCACGGACUUGGCCCCGGACCUGCAGCACGUCCUGUUCUGGAUGGCCAACACCGUGGAGCUGUUGUACUUCCUGCAGCAGAAGUGCCCGCUCUACGUGCAGGGCAUGGAGGAGGCGCUGGACGCCCCAGGCUCCAGGGACUCCCUGCUGUCAUGUGCACUGACGGCCAGUGAGGAGGCCAUGGCGGUGCUGGAGGAGGUGACCCUGUACGCCUUCCAGCAGUGUGUGUACUACAUCUCCAAGGCCCUGUACGCCUGCCUCCCGGCCCUCCUGGAGUGCCCCCCGUUCCCGGCCGAGCGCCGGGGCAGCUGGAGCAGCGGCCCGCGUCUCCCCGAGGAGCUGCGCCAGGUCGUGUCCAUCUACCAGGCCGCCCUGGACCUCCUGCGGCGGUUCCGGGUGCACCCCGCGAUGGCCACCCAGAUGCUGGCCUACCUCCUGUUCUUCUCCGGCACACUGCUCUUCAAUCAGCUCCUGGACAAGGGUCCCUCGCUCAGCUGCUUCCACUGGCCCAACGGCGUGCAGGCCUUCGCCCGCCUGCAGCAGCUUCUGGAGUGGGUGAGGGGCGCCGGCCUCGGGGCGGAGGGUGAGCAGUUCUUCCGGAAGCUCUCCUGCACGCUCAACCUGCUGGCCACGCCCAGUGCCCAGCUCGUCCAGAUGCCCUGGGCCACGCUGCGGGCCACCUUCCCCGCCCUGCGCCCCGCACAGCUCCACCGGCUGCUCACCCAGUACCAGCUGGCCUCAGCUAUGGGCCCCACGAGCGCCUGGGAGCCAGGCGCCCCGGAUGGCCCCGACGCCUGCAAGUCUGAGGAUGUCCUGGAGUCGUACGAGAACCCCCCACCCAUCGUGCUGCCCAGUGAUGGCUUCCAGGUGGACCUAGAGGUGGACAUGCUGGACGACAGUGUCUACCAGCACCUUCUGUACAUCCGCCACUUCCUGUGGGGCCUGCAGAGCAGAGCUGGCCCUGGCAGUGGGCCCCCGCCCUCAGAGUGCCUGGAGGGUCCUCAGGCCUCAGAGCCCCCCUGCGCGGGAGAGCUCCGGCCCCUUCCGGCCGUGCGCGCCUGCAGCCUGGCAGCGGGCCCAUAUGACACCAUUCCUGAGGGUCCCCCCGAGGGCCAGCACGGUGCCCCAAUGCGCAGGGAGCCUGGGACCCUCCCUGACGGCAAGAGCCAGGGCACCUGGGACACUGACCCCUGGACUCAGGGUGCUGCAGGCAGACAGCCCAGCCGUGGGGGCCCAGCACCCACAGACGCCUCGUGCCUGCUGACGCCACCCAGCACCCCGCUGGGCCUUGAGUCCCCCACCCAGGACUGGCCUGAGGCCAGUGGGCCCCGUGGGAAGGUGCCUCCUGACGGGAAGAGGCCCGGCCUCGGUGGCACCCGAGGUGCAGCCCUGGAAGGAGACCCUGAGGCCCUGGGGGACACGCCUUCCAGCUGCAGCCCCAGUCCGGACGUGCCCUGCUCCUCGGUGGUGGUGGUGGAGCUGGAGAGGGGCCCUUCUGGGCUGGGCAUGGGUCUGGUAGAUGGCAUGCACACGCCCCUGGGGGCCCCUGGGCUCUACAUCCAGACGCUGCUUCCGGGCAGCCCUGCAGCCUGUGAUGGGCGGCUCUCUCUGGGAGACCGGAUCCUGGACGUGGAUGGCACCAGCCUGGUGGGCGUCAGCUACCUGAGGGCUGUGGACCUGAUCCGGAACGGAGGCAAGAAGAUGCGCUUCCUGGUCGCUAAGUCUGACGCGGAGACGGCAAGGAAGGUCCACUUCCGUGCGCCCCCACCCUAG